AUGGCCGUGAGAUUGACUGUCAUAUCCACCAUCAUCGCUCAUAUCCUCGUGUUAGAGGCUAUGGGUGCUGCAAUCGAUAGCUUGUCGAGUAACAAAUCGGCACAGAGCAGCAAAGCCUCACUGACCAAACGUGAGAUACCCGACUCUCACAGGCUACAUGAGCGACAAAACUCCCACUGGGAAGGCCAAUGGGAAAAACAAAUCAGAGUUCCAGCUAAUAGUCUGCUUCCCAUGCGUAUUGGUCUCGUGCAGAGUAACAUUGACGAGGGAGCGCGUCGUCUACAAAAGAUCUCGAAUCCAAACUCGCCAGAUUAUGGAAAGCACAUGUCUCCAGAAGAAGUAAUCGAAAUGUUUGCUCCGUCUGAGACUGCUUUCGAUGCUGUGAGGGACUGGCUUGUUAGCGCCGGCUUUGCUGACGAGGCCAUCUCACUUUCAGCCAACAAGCAGUGGAUCCAACUUGAUUCAAGAGCUGAAGACGCUGAAAAUGUUCUGUUUGCAGAAUUUUUUGAGUAUGAGCACCUUGCGUCGGGCAGCAAGACUGUCGCUGUCGAGGAGUACUAUGUCCCUCUCCAUCUUCGAGAGUACAUAGACUACAUCACUCCUGGUAUCAAGCUUCAAGCCCAUCCUAAUAAGCUGAAGAAAUUGAUGCAGCGCCAAGUACAGGAGCUACAAGAGAAGCCUAUGAGCAGAUCCGCGCAUAAGAAUGUGCCAUAUAUAAAUGAUGAAGAUGGCAGAGAUCUCACCAUUGCUUGUAUCAGAGCCCAAUACGGCAUUCCCAAUAAUACAGUUGCCAUACCUGGAAAUGAGCUUGGUAUUUUUGGCGGUCUGGAUGAGCACUAUAGCAAAGCUGAUCUCGACACAUUCUUUGCCACGCUUCACCCACACAUACCGAAUGGCACCUACCCAGAGGAAAGACUCAUUGACGGCGCUAUUGGCUCAGUUGAAGACGUUCCAGGAUAUAACCAGUCUGUUGCGGGUGUCGAAGCGGAUAUGGACAUUGAGGCUGCCUGGCCGUUGAUUUGGCCACAAGGCGUUGUUCUGUUCCAAACAGACGAUCAAUUCUAUGAAGUUAGUCAAAAGGCACCAGACACACCAUAUCAUGGCUUCUGGAACACUUUCUUUGAUGCAAUUGAUGGGUCAUACUGUACGUACUCAGCGUACAAUGAGACCGGUGACUGUACUAGACCAGAAUGCCUUGAUCCUUCCGGCGGUGAAGCGGAUCUACCUGCAUCGUACUUGAGGCGACAGUGCAAUGAGAUUAUGAAGCUCGCCUUACAAGGUGUAACUGUGGUUGAGUCAUCUGGAGACUAUGGCGUGGCUUCUUACCCAGAGAAUCUUUUCACGAAUAAUGGAUGUGCUGGUACCGAUGGAAAAGUCUUUUAUCCUUCCGCCGAUUCGUCUACCUCGUACAGCGGCGGUGGAUUCUCUAACUAUUUCGACGCACCCGAAUGUUACGAAAAUCCUGGUGUCAACUUCAGCGAUGUUGGCGAUGGUGUCUACAGGGCUGGUGGCCGCGGUUACCCUGACGUAUCAGCUAUUGGUGAAAGACUGGUUGCCUUCAAGAGAGGCCGGUGGGGUCAUGUCGGCGGCACAUCUCUCUCAGCUCCCAUAUGGGCGGCUGUAAUCACGCUGAUAAACGAGCGCCGUCUCGCUGCCAACAAAAGCACUGUUGGCUUCAUCCACCCUGUCUUGUACGCCCAUACCGAAGUCUUUGUUGAUAUCACGGAAGGAUCUAAUCCGGGGUGUAAUACAACUGGUUUUCCAGCAGUCAAGGGAUGGGAUCCUGUCAGUGGUCUUGGAACACCCUAUUUUCCCAAAUUGGUUGACUUGUUCCUCAGCCUAUGA